CAUAGAAAUAAUUCAAUCAUCAGUACAAUUUCUAAUAGUGAUAAAAUGCCUUUACACUCAAACAAGGAAUUAAUCAGAUCUAACACUCUUGGUAUUGAAAACAAUAAUUCUACUAACAUGAAUAAAAAUCCAAUUCUCGAUAACGGUCCAAUCCAUAGUAUCAGUCACACUAAUAGUCCAUUACAUGUUCAUUCUAUGAGUCAAAACUCAAACAAGAAUUUGAAUCAUACUCUAAACUCAUCGACAAAUCAUACUCCAACAGCUCAGGUUUUGCCACAAAAUUUAUCCCAAGGUAAUAUAAAUGAUCCAAUAAACAAUUCCAUAAACAAUCAAAUGUCUGGCCAUAUUAAUAAUCAAAUAAAUUCAAUAUCCUCUAUGAAUUCAAUGAAUAUCUCAAGAAAUGUUAAUCAUCAAAUGAACAAUCAAAUGAACAAUCAAAUAAGCAAUCAAAUUAACAUGAACAAUCCAAUGAAUUCCCCAAUGAAUAACACGCUUGGAAAUCAUGUAAAUUCUCAUGUGAACUCUCAUAUGAGCUCUCAUAUGAAUCAUGAAAUAAAUAAUCAACAAUUAGGAAAUAUAAAUAGCAUUCAUGGAAAUAUGAAUAUGGGAAUGAAUAUGGGUUUGGAUUUAGGAUAUGUUCCAGGAAAUAAUCAAUCACAUUCAGUGGAGUCUCAGCAUAUACAAAACCCUCAAAACUAUGAUCAUUAUUUAAAUCAAAAUAACCAUUCCACAAAUCACCAUGUCGUGAGCUCAUUAGGUAGUGAUACCAGAACCUCCUAUAGGAGAGAAAAUCCAGAUAUGGAAUAUAGGCCAAUUCUUCCCUAUUAGAGCUCCCUAAUUAUAUUUUUUUAUCUUUAAUUUUCUUUAGUUUUUUGGGUUGUUCUUUUAAGUUUUAUUUAUUUAUUUCUUUUUUUUAUAAGGUUUUUUUUAAUUUUACUGGUCUAUAUUCUAGACUUAUUGUGAUGACUCUUUUUCAUUUUUUUAAUCUUACCUUAUUUCAUUUUAUCUUAUUUUUUUGACUUAUUUUGGCUCAUUUUAUUUAUUUUUAUGUUAAUCAUUUUUGUGUAACUUUGUAUUCUUUUGUGUUGAUUUUUUAAAUAGUUCAAAAAAAACCAAUUCAGAUUGUGUUUUCAUUUUUUUUUAUCCUCUAAAUUUAACCUGGAGAAAACUUCAUUUUUGUUUUCCAAUAAAACUGGAAAACCUUUUAAUUACUAAUCAUUAAUUAUUAAUCAUAAGUCAAGAAGAUAAAAAAUGAAAAGUUUUAUCUUUUCCGAAACAAUUUAAAAACUUGAGAUUUACACUCGUU